GUACUUUCGUUUCCAGGACGACAAAAAAAUGACAAAACUCAUCGACUCGUCUGUUUGCUGCGGUGUGGGAAAAGUUGCAGUGAAUUUUGACAGCCACCAAGACAAGUAGCUCAUUCUUGACUUGGUAACUGGCUAAACUAGUUUCCAUGUCAAUUCAUUAACCAGAGCGGAAAAACAACCUGCCGCUUCAACACUGACGCUCGGCGAACAUCAACAACACAGAGCUGGAACGACUGGAGGCUGGUAGUAACCAUUGGAAUGGUGCUACAGAUGUGAUUGGAUCCGCCUCCGUCACCGAUCAAUAACCACUUCGGACAUCCAGAUAGUUUAUUUUUCUCAGUCUAUGUGUUUGUGCAUGACUAAGGCUAAGGACCCGUUGGAAAAAUGAGCAAAAAAUAUGAGUCAGGAAAUGUUUCUGAGUUGGAGGAACACAUCUCUGAAAAGUAUGAAAUCAAGAGGAGGCUUGGAAAAGGGGCCUAUGGCAUUGUGUGGAAGGCAGUUGACAAGCAGACCGGAGAAAUUGUGGCUGUAAAAAAGAUCUUUGAUGCCUUCAGGAACAGAACAGAUGCCCAGCGAACCUUCAGAGAAAUACUGUUUCUUCAGGAGUUUGGAGAUCACCCCAAUAUUGUCAAACUCCUCAGCGUGAUCAGAGCACAGAAUGACAAAGACAUUUACCUGGUCUUUGAAUAUAUGGACUCUGACCUUCAUGGAGUAAUAAAGAAAGGCAGCCUGCUCAAAGACAUCCAUAAAAGAUAUGUGAUGUACCAGCUCUUCAAGGCCAUUAAAUACCUGCACUCAGGAAAUGUGAUUCACAGAGACCAAAAGCCAUCCAAUGUCCUGCUGGACACCGACUGUGUAGUCAAGCUGUGUGACUUUGGCUUGGCCAGAUCACUCAACCAGAUCCAGGAGGACAGUGGGAAUCCCGCACUAACAGAGUAUGUGGCCACCCGUUGGUACCGAGCUCCUGAGAUCUUGCUGGGCUCCACAAGAUACACCAAAGGUGUGGACAUGUGGAGUCUUGGCUGUAUCCUGGGAGAGAUGCUCCUGGGAAAGGCCCUGUUUCCUGGGACUUCCACCAUCAACCAGAUAGAGAAGAUCAUGAGCGCCAUUCCACACCCCAGCCCAGAGGAUAUUCUUGCAAUUAGGUCUGAAUAUGGAUCCUCUGUCAUUCAAAGGAUGUUACUGAAACCCCAGGUGCCUCUGGAGGAACUCCUUCAACCCUCUGUGCCUCCUGACGCAGUGGACCUCCUGAAGGGUCUGCUAGCCUUUAACCCAGAGAAGCGACUGACUGCUGAGGAGGCUCUCAGACACCCAUAUGUAGCCAGAUUCCACAAUCCAGCCAAGGAGCCAUCUUUUCACUACGAUGUUUUGCUGCCAGUAGAUGAUGGCGUGCAGUUAUCUGUGGUCCAGUAUCGCAACAAACUUUACGAGAUGAUAUUGGAGAGGAGAACGAAUCAGGGAAUGCUGAGACUGAUCCAGCCAAAGGACACAUACUGCAUCAGUAGCAGAGAGAAACCAAGUGUGAAGGACAGUGAAGAGAAACCUCAUGUGACCAUGAAUGGUGAUGACAACAGUGAUAAAGAUGAAAAACUCCAACAUGACAAGAAUGAAGAGAAAAACCCAGUGUCUUUAAAACAUGGGCCUGUCAAUGUACCAAGUCAACCUUCUGUGGAGAAGACGAGUCCGUUGGAAAGUCCUGGUUUAAGGAAAACCACAUAUAAUCCCAUUACACAUGCAACGAACAGUUUCGUUCGCAGCCUAGCUGCUCCACUACAAUGUCAUAACUCCACUGCAGCCAGUCAAAAACCAAGUGAAAAUGCAACGUCACCAACGGAUGGUGCCAAUGCCAAUACAACCAUGGACCAGAUUCUCCAGCGUGGUCGCUCAGCACCUGUGGCUCACAACCGUACCUUCUCCUUGACCUUGAAUCAGACGCAGAACAAUCCUCUUGUUCGCAAAGAUGAGCCAACUCUGUCUUCUGGGCUGCAUGUCACAUCUGCAUGCCUAAACCAGCGCUCCAACCCUCAAGUUCGUGACUCACGCCCUCCUCCACCACGGUUUAGCAAAAAGGUUUUUCAAACUAACUGCAAUGUGGCAGCUGCAGGGGAUCCCAGAGCCAAACUUGGCAGUUAUUCUCAGGCCUACGGCACAAUCAAUAAGACUGAACUAGACAAUCUGCGCCGGAGUCGUCCUUGCAACUAGUUACUGCUAACAUGCUGUUGGUUACACAGACCAGCAGUACAUCCAACCACAGUACAGACUGUUACUCUUGUAAUAAAUGCACCCAUGGAAACAUGGGUUUUUUUUUUAUUCUCUGUCUGUGACAGUGAUUAAAUAUUUAUACAUUGUA